UGACAUGACGGAGGACGUCAGCCAGAUGGAAGCCGGAAUUUUAUGAAGGUUUAUUCUUGCUGUGAUUUUAGAAAGAUCUCAGACAAAUAAGAAGAGGAAUGGGUGAUUUGGGACCAGCAGAGCUGAUCUCAGGCCUCUGUCAUACAGAUGGUAAGGACCCUUUCCCUGUGUGGCACAAUGGAGCUAUCAGCCCCUGUUUUAACCAGCUGGUUCUUGGUGCCUUGCCUCAUGCAGGGAUGGCAAUCUGCAGUGCCUGCUACCUUAGCAUUCCCAGAUGCAACCUGCUCCAGACACCUCCGUCCUGUGGUUGGAACCUCAGGCUGGCUUCAGCCUUUCUGGUGGCUCUACUCUUCACAGGAGAUAUUGUCAUAGUGGCCCUGCUGUCUCAGGGGGACAUGUACCUGGAUGUCCUGGCUGAUGGCUGUGCCAUCUUGGCUUGGCUGGUCCACCUCAGCACUAUCAUUGUUCUCCGGAGGUCUGUUUUCAAAAGAACCAGAGGUCCGACAGUGCUGCUACUGCUGGUUCUUUUAACAUUACCAAACCUGGUAAUCACCAUUGUAACAUACUGCUAUAGUGAGGCAUGCCUGAACCUCACAGAUCUGCUCGGGCUGGCAAGGUUUGCAUUUGCCUCAGCUCGGCUCGUCCUUAUUGCUGCUUACCCACUGGCAUUUGUGUUCCAGUGUGUUAGAGAUGCCAGACCAACCUUGUACAUCAAUGCUGCAGAUGGCUCCCUGGAGAAUUUGUACCCAGACACAGGUGAGAUGGUGGCGGAGGAUGGGAGCAGCUGUGUGUCCCGACUCUUCUAUCUGUGGCUGAGUCCCCUCCUCAGGCGGGGCCAGCGGGGGGAACUGGACAGACCCUGCCAGGUUUACCACCUCCCACAGAAACUGCGCACUGCUGUUGUGCGUCGAUAUUUUAACAGCUGCUGGGAGGCCACCCAGCAGCAGCGAGCAGGCUCAAAAGGACAACAGGAUCACUGGCCCCGGCCGGUCAGCAGGAACCUUAGGAAUGGCACUUGGACUUCAUUAUAUGAGGAGGAAUCAUUUGAGCUUGACUGUGAAGUAGGACUGCUGAAAGUGCUCCACAAGGCUUUUGGGCUACGAUACUACAUGUUAGGGGUGUUGAAGCUCAUGGCCAACAUGCUGGGCUUUGCUGGACCACUUCUCCUCAGCAGCCUGGUGAGCUUUAUGGAGGAGGAGGGGGCACCUGUCAGCCAAGGAGCCUGGUGCACCUUCGGACUUUUUGCCAGCUCCCUCCUCUCAGCUGUACUCCGAAACAUCUUCAUAUUCGAGGUUUCAAAGGUGGCGUUGUCGGCACGUGCCUCACUCGUUUCAGCUAUCUAUGGCAAAGCUCUGCGGGUCAGCAGUGUUGGCCUGGCUCAGUUCACCUUGGGUGAGGUGGUCAAUUUGAUGAGCACAGACACAGAUCGCAUCUUCAACUUCUUUAACAGCUUUCACGAACUGUGGAGCCUUCCCUUGCAGUUCUCUAUUGCCCUCUACCUGUUGUACCUGCAGGUGGGAGUGGCCUUCCUAGGUGGGCUAGGUGUUGCCUUGCUGCUGGUGCCGCUAAACAAGCUCCUGGCUUCCCGUAUUCUUGACAACAACAAGCACAUGCUGAGGCACAAGGAUAGCCGGGUUAAGAUGAUGGCUGAGAUACUCUUUGGAAUACGUGUGAUCAAGUUUUAUGGCUGGGAGCCGCACUUCACCCGGAAGAUCGCCGGCUACCGCAAGCAGGAACUGUCCCGCCUUAAAGCCAUCAAGUACCUGGACGCCGUGUGUGUGUACACCUGGGCCGCCCUGCCUGUGGUCAUCUCCAUCCUCACCUUCGUCACUUAUGUCCUGCUGGGCCACAAGCUGACUGCAGCAAAGGUGUUCACCACACUGGCCCUGGUGGGCAUGCUGAUCCUGCCACUCAACUGUUUCCCCUGGGUCCUCAACAGCAUCUUAGAGGCCAAGGUAUCCCUGGAACGCAUCCAGCGUUUCCUCAAACUGCCUAACCAGGACCUCCUUGCAUACUACAGUCUGGUGUCUCAUGAGGACCCCUCGACAGCUGUCAUUUUGGACCAGGGGAUGUUUUCCUGGCAGGGGGUUAAUGAUCCAGACCAGGACUCAGUCGGACAUAGAGAUGUGGAGACGGAGACCAGACACAUUAAAGGGAGUCUGCUGUUACACAGGCUCAAUCUCAACAUAACUACGGGCUCCCUCAUUGUUGUGGUGGGUAAAGUUGGCUGUGGAAAGAGUUCCUUAUUGGCAGCCAUCACUGGAGAACUCAACAGGCUUGGUGGUGUGGUGUAUGUCAAGGGCAGAGAGGCCGGCUUCGGGGUGGCUUCCCAGGAGCCAUGGAUCCAGCAUGCCACAGUGCGAGACAACAUCCUGUUUGGCAGGAAGUAUGACGUCACCUUCUACCAGGCAGUGAUCGAGGCCUGCGCACUGGCAGAUGACCUCAACGUUCUGCCAAAAGGAGACAGAACAGAAGUAGGCGAGAACGGAGUGACUCUGAGUGGAGGGCAGAAGGCUCGCCUUGCCUUGGCCAGGGCUGUUUACAUGGAGAAAGACAUCUAUCUCCUUGAUGAUCCAUUGGCAGCAGUUGAUUCCGAUGUGGCUCACCACCUUAUGCAGAAAUGCAUCAUGGGCAUCAUCAGGGGCAAGACCAGAGUCCUCUGCACGCACCGCAUUGAGUUUGUGGACCAGGCUGACAUGGUGGUGCUAAUGGACAAUGGGACAAUCAUCAAGACAGGCUCUCCAGCUGAAGUCCUUCCUUUGGUAGAGGCUGUGCCAAAAAACAGGAAGAACAGGAGCAAUGCAAAAGAGAAAGAUGACAUUGAGCAGGAAGAGGCGAGGUGUGGUUCGUCCAAUGAGCUGCAGGUGGAGGAUAAUUCUGACCUAUCAGGGGAGGAGCAGAAGCAGGUGGGCGGGCUGGCAUGGAGGGUUUACCAGACCUACUGGGUAGCGGUGGGGAAAGUCCUGGCUGUUUCCAUCCUGAUGUCUCUCUUUCUCAUGCAAGCCUCAAAGAAUGUGUCUGACUGGUGGCUGUCCUAUUGGAUCUCUCAGCUGAAGAACAAUGGUUCCACCUGGACCAAUGGUUCCUCCCCAAAUGACUACGGCUCACCCCAGCUGCUCUUCUUCACACCUGGAGGACUUGUGUCUCCGCUGCCGUUUGUACAAACGUCUCCACUAGCCAACAUGAGUUCGGAGGUCAGAUUCUACCUGUCGGUGUACACCUCCAUCGCCAUUGGUAACACCGUCUUCGCUGCUGUGCGAGCCUUCCUCUUCGCCUAUGGAGCCAUCUGCGCCGCUGCAGUUAUCCACAACAGACUCCUGGACAGGGUCUUUAAGGCCACAAUGACCUUCUUCGACAUUACCCCACUGGGCUGCAUCCUCAACCGCUUCUCCUCAGACCUAUAUAGUGUGGAUGACAGCCUGCCCUUCAUCCUCAAUAUUCUGCUGGCGAAUAUCUUUGGGCUGUUGGGAAUGCUUGUAGUGAUGAGUUACGGCCUGCCCUGGGUCCUUGUGCCCCUCCUGCCCCUGGGUCUCCUCUACCACCGCACCCAGCAAUUCUAUCGGCACACCUCGCGGGAGCUGAAGCGCCUGUGCAGCCUGACACUUUCCCCUGUCUACUCUCACUUCUCAGAGACACUAAGUGGGCUCAGCAUCAUCCGUGCCAGCCGAAGCACCAUCAGGUUUGAGGAGGAGAAUGCAAAGCGCCUGGAGCAGAACCAGCGCUGCCAGUUCCUUAGCGGUGCUGCCAUGCAGUGGCUGGACAUCCGCCUGCAGCUUAUUGCUGUCACCGUGGUGACAGGCAUCGGCGUGAUUGCUGUCAUCCAGCACCAGUUUGGUUCUGUAAACCCCGGCCUAGUGGGACUUUCUCUGUCCUACGCCCUGUCCAUUACUGGCCUGCUGUCUGGUCUCAUCUUCAGCUUCAUCCAAACAGAGAUGCAGCUGGUGAGCGUGGAGCGCACCGAGGAGUACUCCACCUGCCUGCCUACUGAGCCGCAGCAUGAAAAUUCACAGCUGCCCCUGUCAUGGGCGGAGCGGGGCUGGCUGGAGUUUCGGGGGACGGUGCUGGCCUACAGAGAAGGUCUGCCCAACGCGCUGGACGGGGUGAGCCUGGUGGUACGGCCCGGGGAGAAGGUGGGAAUAGUGGGGCGCACGGGCUCUGGCAAGUCCACCCUGUUCCUGGCCCUGUUCCGCAUGGUGGAGCUGACGGGGGGAAAGAUCUUCCUGGACGGGGUGGAUAUCAGCACCGUAGGCCUGACGCAGCUCAGGUCAAGGCUGGCUAUUAUCCCCCAGGACCCCUUUCUGUUUAGCAGCUCCAUCAGGGAGAACUUGGACCCGUGCGGGCAACACUCAGACCAACGCCUGCUGGAUGCCCUGGACCACUGUCACCUUACCAAUGUGGUCGACAGAAUGGGUGGUCUGGAUGCUGAGGUGGGGGAGAAGGGAAAGGCUUUCUCUGUGGGCCAGAGGCAACUGCUUUGCCUUGCGAGAGCACUGCUGACCCAGGCCAGCGUUUUGUGCAUCGACGAGGCCACAGCCAGUGUGGAUCAGAAGACGGAUAAACUGCUGCAGCAGACAAUCAGAGAGAAGUUUCAGGACAAGACGGUCCUCACCAUCGCCCACAGGAUCAACACCAUCAUGGACUCUGACAGGGUGCUGGUGAUGCAUGCUGGGAAGGUGGCUGAGUUUGACACGCCUGUUGCUCUCAGCCAAUCUGAAGAGUCCAUCUUCCACAGGCUGGUUUGUGGGAAGGGACAGUGACAUGAUGGAAUGACAAAGGACAGUAGAAUGUUUUUGUCUUUUAUUUUUUACCCUCAUUUAUCCAUGAAAACUACAAAUGACACAUUUGCACAAGUUCCUCUGGGAGGCUGCUCAGUUCAACCCCGGUUUUGAACGUCGGCCACUGAGCAGUUCCACCAGUGCACUUUGGGGAGUAUAUGCCUUGCCUAAGAGCACAUUGUAAGGUGGCUGUUGAAGGUCGCUGAGCUGUAUUUGUUCCUUUUUCCCAGCUCAUUCAGUGAAAUCCAGUACUGGUGGGAGUGUGGGAGUUUGACCCAGGAUCACUGCAAUAGAAGAGAGUUUUCCCUCAGACUGCUACAGGGAUGUUUUCUCCGGCUCUUUGUGGUUAAAUAAGUUUGAGCAACAAGUUUAAAAUUAUCGGCUUUAUCAAGAUUACUUUUUAGGCAAUUAUUACCAUUAUUCGACAGGACAAUAAAGAUGGACAGAAAAUAUAGGCCAGAGAGAGAGGAAGAGAUAUGCAGCAAAGGCCCUGGGUUGGAUUUGAAACUCGGGAUGAUCUGCUCAAAUCUGAGCCUACAUGGUUCAUGGUUAUCCGGUUGAGCUACCAUGACGUCUGGAAAUUUUGUAAUUAUGUAAAUUAUGUACUGUUGUUAUUGCGGUUGAAAUGCAAGGCCAGUUAAACAACAUGGAGUCACCAGCUAUGUGUGAAAUUGUGAGUUUUCGCUUAGCGGUGACUGCUUGACACGAGGGCACAGUGGAUAGGCCAGGGAUCUGUUUGGCUACCUCAUCUCGGAGACAGAGCCACUGACCUUUGACCCUUUAUGCAAGAGUGCACCAUCGGAGAGUUCAGGAGUCUUUUUUUCCACACCUACUUAAAAGGUUAUCUGAAUAGCCCUCUAGAUGCAAUGCUUUCCCCCAUAAUCAAAACACACUUCUAUAAAUUGGGUUUUAUGCAGUGACGUUGCUUAUAUGCAGUGGGACCCUUUGAAGCAGCCGAAAUUACACACAAGUGAGGUUUCUCUUUGUAUACCUCUGCACAGAGAGAAUGGGAUGACUUUCAGCUGUCGGGUCAUUCAAAGGUUUCUGGCCAGUAUAGAGACCACAGUGAUCCCAACAUCAGUUUGUGAUGUAACCGUCCUCUCUUUUUGUAAUCUUUUUUUUUUUUUUUUUUUUUGGUACUUGUUUCGUUCUGUAAUUCUGUUACAGGUCUGAUUCUUUAAGCGAAUUUAAUUUACAAACUUAACUUGACUGACAUAGUGGACAGUACAGUUCUCCAUACCAACUUCAACGUCAAGGCUAAUCACAACUGGCUGUUAUCUUCAGUGAUGUUCUGUCUUCUAAUUACACGAGUAAUCAAUUUAGUCUGUUUCAUUAAACAGACUAUUUGACUCGACGCUUGGCAAACGUUCAUAUGUACAAAAUUCAUAAUUAUACCAACUCUGUCCACACAGAUGUUUUACUUGAUUUAUUUCACCCAACUGUCAACGACUUAAGCAAGACACUGUGCAUGCAGCACUUGUGUGCCUAUAGGCAAUUUUGGCACCAAAAUAUUCAAUGCCUGUGUAUACACUGUAACUAUAUUUUAACAUGGAACGAUGUGAUAUAUAUUCGUAAGUUGUUUUAUUUUUUGAAUGGGUUCUGUAAAAAUGUUGUGGGAAUACAGUUUAGGGGGAAUUGUUUUCCUUGCACAAACCGUUUUCAGUGUUGGUCAACAAUAUAAAGGUUUAAGAUAUUAAAAAAAAGCACCUU